AUGGUCCUCUUCAAGUUUUCCAAUAGAUUCUCCAUCUUGCCUGUCAAGCACAUGUCCGACGAAGAAGACGGAACCGAGUCGAUUACCCAGCCCGCAUCACAAGUCCUAUCGUCACCAAAACGUACACCGAGAAGCACUCGCUCCUACCAUUCUAGACACAAGCCUUCCCUCUCCAAACUCCCACCUUUUCUGAGAAUCCCCCGCGAAUUGCGAUGGAUGAUUUUCGACGCCCUGGUAGCGUCAAUUACCAAAAUCGAAAUCGAUCCAUCAUUUAUCGAUCCAUUCCAUGCUCUCCGACUCAGCACCAAAGGUCUUCGAGAAGAAGUUAUAGGCUGGCAGAGGAAGAGACCCGAUGUCAUCAAUGCUUUUCCCUAUGGCUGUUUCAUCCCACAUCGCACAACCUUCGUUUUGAGAAUCGAUCACCUCUGGAAGAAAGUCGUCAAGCACAAGACAGUAUCCGGAUCCCACGUGACGUUUAAGAGCGGUCCCAAAUAUAGAAAGCUAGAUGCAGCUCUUCUCCCCGAAACAAAAGCCAUCAAAUACAUGACGCGAGAACAAGCAUGGUACAGCUUCUGUCGCACGGUAACACCGCUACACAGGUCAAAAAUGCAUCUCAAAUUCGAGAUUUCACUACCCGAAGAAUUGGAACCGAAAAGUCAGGGUAGCGGAUUAAGUCCCAUGCCGCGCGAAGAAUUAUUCAGAGCGCUAGCUGCGUCGAGAUAUCAAGAAGGAGCGUGGGCAUCCCAGCGCUUGUAUCUCCAAGGGACAAUCGACCAACUGGCUAGUAUGUACAGAACGGAUACGCUUGCGCAGAUAGGAGACAUGGUACAAAUUGCGCAGAAAAUUGCAUUUGACAAUGAAACAUGGACUUCGUUUCGCGAUCAUCGGUGGGAAGUAGAUGAAUACAAUACGCUUUCGUAUCCAUUCGAUGCGACGUAUUGGGAAGAUGAGAAAUAUAAGAUAUGUAAGGAGGGGAGAGAUGGAAAGGAUGUGUAUGAGUAUGGUGGGAGAGUGAUGGAGGCGGUGAUUGCGUCCGCGGAGGAUAUGCGGAGGGGUCCGCCGUUUGUGGUGCAGUCUUCGAUUCCGCCUCUGGUGAAUGAGGAAGAUGCUUUUGAUUUUACGAGGGGCUUGUUGCAGGGGACUACGGCUUGUUUGUGA